UGAGAGGGAGUGAGCAGUGAACAGGGGAGACCGUGUGCGGGAGAGAGAGAGAGAGAACCAGUCAGUGUGUCACAGUGGGAGCAGAGUGAGAGACUCCAGCGGGUGGAGGAGAGAGGGAAACUUCACCGGGCUUCAGCACUGAGAUCGUUCCGAGCGCAGCGUGCUCGCGCUGGUUACAAAGUGGACAGCGGAACGAAGCCUGGGACGCGCGAGUCCGUGAAUGCGCUGUUGGAGAGCGCAGUGAGAGCGGCUGUGACGGGGGAACCGACGCCGGGGAAGGAGCUGAUGCUGUCCGGAAAGUUCUCAACUGCGGAGAUGGUUUGUUAACUGAGAGUUUACUAACUGUUCGGACCAUUCGGAGGCAUUCGUUGGAACUGGAUGCGAUUCUAGACGCGACUCCCAGUGCGCUCGUCCGUCCGGUUGUAUCCCGGUGCCGCGGACUGGACCGCCACGGAGCGACAUCACCUUUCCACGCAACACAAUAAGCAGCAAAAAGCAACGGAAAUGACGGCGUUGUACCUCAUUUUUUGCUGCAUGGUCACAGCAGCCACCCAAGCAGCGUACUUCUCCCAGCAGCCCCAGGACCAGGUGGUGGUGUCGGGUCUGUCCGUGACCCUACCCUGUGUGAUUGUGGGUUAUCGAGGAAUGGUGCAAUGGACCAAAGAUGGCCUGGCGCUGGGUGGAGAGAGAGACCUACCAGGCUGGAAGCGGUAUUCCUUGAUGGGCGACCCGCUAUCAGGCGAGCACAGCUUGCUGAUCGAUUCGGCAGAGUUGGAGGAUGACGCGGUGUACGAGUGUCAAGCUACACAAGCAGGAUUGCGCUCCCACCGUGCAAAGCUCACUGUACUAGUUCCUCCUUCAGACCCUGUGGUGGAGGGUGGCCCUGUUGUACGUCUGAAGGCCCACACACCACACAAUCUCACCUGCAGAGCCUCAGGAGCCAAACCUGCUGCUGAGAUCACCUGGUACAGAGAUGGAGAGGUCAUGGAGACGGCAAUUUAUUCCAAGACUCUGCUUGAGGAUGGAAAGAAGGAGGCGGCUGUCAGUAUGCUUCCCAUUGUUCCUGAGGAUAGCGACUCUGGACGCACUUACACCUGCAGGGUUCUCAACCCAGCUGCCCCAGCUGGACGACAGACAUCCAUCACUAUCAAUGUCCAGCACCCUCCCUCAGUGACUCUAUCAGUCCAGCCUCAAACAGUAGCCGAGGGGGCUAAGGUCCUCUUCAUCUGCUCAGCUUCGGCCAAUCCGGAAAUCACUGGAUACAGGUGGUCGAAAGGAGGAGUUCCCAUCUCUGAGGCAAAUGGGGACAGCCUUGAGGUGACAGUAGACUACUCUUACUUCACAGACCCCGUCUCCUGUGAGGUGUCCAACUCUGUGGGUAGCACCAACGUCAGCACCCUAGUCGAUGUCCAAUUUGGCCCCAGACUGCUGUCGGAGCCCAAGCCAAUGACGGUGGACAUAGGGAUGGAUGCAGCUUUCACCUGUGCAUGGACUGGAAACCCUCCUCUGACCUUGGCUUGGACCAAGCAAGGCUCCAGCGUGGUGCUCAGUAAUGGCAACACCUUGCAGCUGAAGGGUGUUACCCAGGAGGAUGCUGGAACAUACACCUGCAAGGCCAUCGUACCUCGGAUUGGGGUGGCAGAAAGAGAUGUCACUCUGACCGUGAAUGGCCCACCUAUCCUCACAGUGGACCCCACGCAGCAUGCUGUCAAGCACUCCAAGGGCAAGCUGGAGUGCCGGGUGGGAAGCAGCCCCCCGCCAGAUAAGAUUGUGUGGACUUUUGGAGACGUGAGCCUGUCCUCUGGCUCCUCCGGUCGUUUCUCAGUGCAGACCGUGACCAGCGACCACGGCGUCUCCUCUUCCCUGGUGCUGUCCGAGACUCUGGCGCAGGAUUUCCAGCUGCGCUACAACUGCACCGCGUGGAACCGCUUUGGCACCGGCACCGCCCUCGUCACACUGAAGGAGCAAGAAGCCCUGCCCAUGUUGAUUAUCGUUGGUGGAGCAGUUGGUGGAGGCUGUGUCCUGCUCAUCUGUGUCAUCACUCUGGUCUCCCUCUGCUGCAGGCACACAGGCAAAGGUGAGCUCAACGGUAAAAGGUGCACUCGCCUCUCCAAAAGCGACAUCAGAGUUCAGAUUGUUCACAGUGAUCAUAACGCUACGCGUGGCAACGAUGACGAGGAGGACGUCAAAGAGCCCAUGGCACCAAACAGCAGCGAGUCUCCAGGGACGUCGCGAACAGAGCACAGCGACCUCCUGGAGGAGGAGGAGGAUGAGAGAUCGGAAUCCAAGGACCCAACCAAUGGCUACUACAAUGUCCGUGGCAACGAAGACCGCCACAUCCGCAGCAGUGGCUUCUCUGAAUACGUGCCCAACUCGAGGCCAGUCUACACUCCAUCUCAACUGCCCUCCCCGAGCCCCGUAUAUGGCCAGCACGGCUCCCAGCCGCGCGUCUAUGACUUCUCCCACCGAUACGCAACCACCACAGCGGGCAGAACGGCAUAUGAACAGCAGCAAGCGGCCCAGCAACAGCAGCCCGCCCAGCCGGCCAGCAUUUAUCCCACCGAUCCAGUCUACAGUGGCUCCGCUUACCUCCCUGCUACCUAUGGUCGCGCCUUCACGAGCUAUGUUAAGCCCGCUUCCUACGAAAAGGUGGACGCGUACGACCAGUCAGACCAGGCCAGCAAGGUGUCCAGCUCGUCCCGCUUCUCUUACGCCUCCUCACAAGUAUCCUCCCAGCAGUCCGACUAUGGCCGGCCUUCACAACGUAUGCAGACUCAUGUCUGACUGGACAAAAGAAUUGACAAAAAAAGAAGAAAAAAAAAAAGAAUACAGGAGAAGAUAACCAUUGUCACAUCCACGUGUGGCUUGACUAACGUGAACCGAGACUUACCUUGCUCAGACGGUCCUUAAAGGACUUGUUUGGACUGUAUUUGGAGGGAGCCAUGUGUCAACAACCUGUAUUUGUUGUGACGGAUGGCGGGAUCUGUAGAGCUCCUAAGAUGGAGAAUUCAGCAGAUUGUGAUGUUCAAGUCAAACCUAUGAUUACAGUGCGAAACCUCAUCAAGUAGAUCUACUUGAUGACCACCCAAGCCUGUGGAGAUAUUCAGUCUGCGUGCCAGAGCCAACAAUAAAACAAAAGCUUCUCCUGAAUUUGGACAGCCACAAUGACCGUAGCCGUUUACCUGCCUUUCAGAUUUGACUUUGUGUCAACAAUAAA